AGUUUUCCACCGUUGCACCAGUGAUGUAACUUUCAUUUCCUGAUCGACAAGGGUCAAACACAUGAGAACAGAGUGUAGUUAGUCACGUCUACGAAGCUGAAUCUUCUCCAUACAAUCGCUUAACUUAAUUUAAACGAUGUUACGAACGCUGUGUCGGACCGGCGGGGCCCUGCUGCAGCAAACCCAGCGGGCUGCGCCGAGGUUGUGGGUCACACCGGCCCAGCAGCGAUGGGCGUCCAGCCUCCCCAUGAACACUCUGGUCCUGUUCGUGCCUCAACAGGAAGCCUGGGUGGUGGAGAGAAUGGGUCGCUUCCACCGCAUCUUAGAGCCAGGUUUAAAUUUCCUCAUACCUUUACUUGACCGGAUUCGCUACGUGCAAAGUCUCAAGGAGAUUGUGAUUGAUGUACCAGAGCAGUCUGCAGUAUCUCUAGAUAAUGUAACACUACAGAUUGAUGGAGUGCUUUAUUUAAGGAUCCUAGACCCUUUUAAGGCCAGUUACGGUGUUGAGGAUCCAGAAUAUGCCGUCACGCAGUUGGCACAGACCACCAUGCGUUCAGAACUGGGCAAGCUCACACUGGACAAAGUGUUCAGGGAAAGGGAGUCCCUCAAUUCCAACAUUGUCCACUCCAUCAACCAGGCGUCAGACGACUGGGGGAUCCGCUGCCUCCGUUAUGAAAUCAAAGAUAUACAUGUACCACCUCGUGUCAAAGAAUCCAUGCAGAUGCAGGUGGAGGCUGAACGCAAGAAGAGAGCCACGGUGCUGGAGUCCGAAGGGACGAGGGAGGCGGCCAUUAAUGUCGCCGAGGGUCGUAAACAAGCUCAGAUUCUGGCCUCGGAGGGUGAAAAAGCUGAGCGAAUCAAUAAUGCGACUGGUGAGGCCCAUGCAGUCCUGGUCAAAGCAGAGGCAAAAUCUCAGGCUAUUCGCGUUCUGUCGGAGGCUCUGUCUGAGCAGAACGGAAAUGCGGCAGCCUCGCUAACUGUAGCCGAGCAGUACGUGAGCGCUUUCUCCAACCUCGCCAAAGAGUCCAACACCAUCCUGCUGCCCACCAACACCGGUGACAUGAGCUCAAUGGUCACACAGGCUAUGGCCAUCUACAACACGUUGGGAAAGACGAGCCAGAAAGCAGCGCCAGAAGUGUUGGAGGAGAAGAUCGAAAACCCUGAGAACCAGUCGCCACCACUGCAAUAACAGAGGACUUCAUGAAUGAACUCAAAGCAGAGAAAUGACGCAGGAGAAGCAGUUUGUUUCAGUUAUCGGGGCUUGAAGGCAUCGCUGUGUGAGCAGAGUUAACCUGACAGGACAGAAGGACAAACUUUAUAAACCUCUGGGAUGUUUUGCCUUAGAGUCCUCGGAAUAAAUCACACCUUUCGUCAGGUUUUUAAUCUUCGCUGACUUUUGUUUAUGCUCAGUUACUGUCGGAUAAAUUUACACCAGCUGUGAGCCAAAAUAAUACCAGUGACUUUGGCAGGUUGACAACAUGGGAGUUGAUGCAGUUUAAGACCUCGGUGGUGUGCAGUUUAUGAUUUAGUACCAUAAAUAAUUAUUUCUGCGCAAUUUCUUCUCACACACAACAGAUCUGCUGAGGUAUGAUUCAUUGUUUGUACCCGCAUAGAACUGAACGCUUUUGACUCUGCAUAAAGUAUACGCGAAACAUACAAUGGUGCGUGGUGGCUUCUCCUUUUGCAGCCUCAUCUCCAGGGUUGACCAGAAUAACUCUUCUCAUGUUAAUGUGGAUUCAUUGGUAUUAAUGUGGCAAUCACAAUAAAUCUGCUGAGAAUUCGGCUCCUUUACGUACUUCAGUGACAAUUCUUCAAUUGUUUUCAGCGUCAUUGGGACCAGCGACUUUAAUUAUGCUCGAUGUGACGUCUGGCUUGAUGCCCCAGAAUGAUGAAAAGUGUAGCAGAUUCAUAAUUUGGCCGACUUGUUAGAUGAAAACAUUAUUUCCCUUAAACUCCAUCCUUUACUUGCUUUAGAAAUACAUGUCCUUCUUCAAAAUGAUUCAGAAACAAGCCCCUCUUGAUAACUAAAUAGUAUAAAGUCAUGAGAAAACACCCCUGUUCUCUCGUGUUUAUAUUCACCUCUUAUGUCUUAUUGGAUAUAUUUAUUACAUUUCAUGGGUCACCGCAAAUUUGUCAUUGCUUUGGCUUCACUGAUGCUCACAGGUUUAAGAAAACAUAAUGCAAAAAAUGUCAAAGACUCUCACAAAGUAGAGACUUCGCUGUGUGUAUGACGUGGUGGAAUGGGAUAUUGUAAAGCACUUGUUUGAAAAUAUACAAUAAUGUUAAGAGGUAGCUAAAUAGAACAAUUCAUGACAAACAACUGGACUUCUUUAAAUGUACUGUUCUGACUAUGAAUGAAGAAAAAACUGACAGUAUGAUUUGAAAAUGCUUUAGUUGACUUCCAUGUUUUAAGCCAAUGUCUGGGUUCAGCAAUGUUAAGUUACAAUAAGGAAAUAAAUAAAAAAUAUGUUCGUUAA